AUGGCAAAUUUAUCCGACACUAGUUAUCUUGUUCGACUUGAACCUCGUUCCCUAUUCACCUAUACAUUCUUACUCGCUUUACUUGUUCAGCUUGCACAUGAUGUUAUAAUUUAUUAUAUUCAAAUUAAUGAAGGAUACUUUAAGGAAACGAUAGUAGAAAUGCCAGAAUCAGCGAAGAUUCUGCAAUUGAACAAGUUGGCAAAAUAUUUGGACUCGAUAUCGAUUAGUUUCACCAUGCUUUCUGGAGUUGUGUCAUGGAAAAAAUUUCCCGGAGUAACUAUGAAAGCAUAUGUGAAUAUUGGAUAUAUUUGGUUUCCCAUCAUCGCUUACGUAUUCGAUGCUUUGAUUCAAAAACCAAAAAUUUUAGAGAAUGUUCCGCGCCUUUCGGUUAGCGUCAUUGCGUUAAUAUUAUGUUUUGUUGGUGGAUUACGCGUGAAUUUUGAGGUUAAUAAGUUGUUGAAUUUAAACUCUCGACAUAUAUUAAAUCAACAAGACAAAUUAAAAUACUUUGGAGAUUUAAAUAUAUGGUUUAAUUUUGCGCUUUUCAUUUGGUCGGCAAGUUAUAUAAUAUUAAGUUUCAAUGGACUGGUAUCCUUAAAACUGACGCGUUUUAUAAGUGACAUCUUGAUCGCUCAUGUUAAUUUUGGUGGAUUCAUAUUAUAUAUUUGCAUUAUAUUAAUCGUUUAUCCGGAUUUUACAAUCGAGCAAAAGCCAAGAGCGAUUUCCACACCAUUUGACGUAUCAAAACCAAAUAAUGGUAUCGACAUUGCUGAAAUAAUAGCAAAAAAAGGACCAAGUGGAGUUGAAGAUUUAUUAAUGAAUCAAAUAAUAGUUGAAACGAGACAAGACGUUAAAGUUGAACAAGCAUAUAUAAAUCCAUAUAGAUCAUUAUCUACAACCUUGCCCGCAACUCCGUCUUCAUCCAAUCAUUUGUCGAUGGACUCAUUAGCUCCUAUGCCAUCUCCAUCUUCAACGUUCGCUGGAAAUUCCAAAAAUAAGAACCAGCUUAGAUCUUCACCUUUAAAUGAUGCCUCUAGUCAACAAACUUUGGAUGAGCAUUCAACUUUAACGGAUAAUGGUGGUAGAUUUGAAGAUGAUGAAUCUUGGCAACAAGUUGAAACUUUGAAUGAAUCUCAAUUCCAAGUGGAAAAUAACGAUGAGGAUAUGCCUUCGACGUUUGGGCGCAAUCAAAAAUCGUCGUCGUCAGAUACCGAAGAAGAAUCAAAAGAAGGAUCACCUAGAAGUAUGAAUCCGGGAGAAACAUGCUGUGCAAUACAUUUGGAAAUUACAGUAAAGCAAUUUCCGAGCUCAUUGCCAUUUGGUUGGCGCACAAAAGAAUAUAUUCCAACUAUAUCAUUCCCGGACGAAAAUGCUUGCGACGUUAAACAAGCAAAAUUUGGUAUGGGAAUGAUUAUGGGUUAUAAAUUAUCUCCUUGUACUGACGUUUUGGCUGAUGAUAUAUUCAGACUUCGAAUAAGUAAUAAUAAAAACAGUAAGGGUGUCAAUGGGGUUAAUUUGAGUGAGAGGGGAAAAGAUGAUAUUAAUUCUUCGGGUUCGAAUUCAAGUGGUGAUGUUACUGUACACUCUAGUGUGGCUCCUUGUAAUGGAAUCGAAUUGAUCUAUUUAAAGGUACCAGGAAAAGUUUUGUUGGAAUUGGUGGAUGCUUUGGAUAGUCUCGCUGGUUCGUUUUUGAGUAUUGGUGUGAUCUAA